CCUUACUUUUUCGUACCGUCUCGUUCCUUAAGUCAGGUAAGGUAGAUAUAUAAAUUGGUAUCGCAUCGUCAGUCUCGAGCUCAAAUAGAACACAAGGAGGAACAGCAUCUCACCGCCUCGUCUCUCUCUCUCUCUCUCUUCCUCCCCGCGCAUUUACCAGGUUCUUACGAGUUUACCCGACAAAAGGGGCGCCCUUCUAACACAAGGCAGGCAAGCAGGCAAUACAUCAAGAACGAGUAUACUCGAAGAAGCGGUUUGAAAAAUAAAAUAAAAAUGGCAACCUCGCUACAAGGCACAACUGUCCUGGUAACCGGCGCAGGCGGCGGGCUGGGCAAGGUGAUAGCAACGGCGUACCUGGAGGCGGGGGCCAACGUGGCGAUCUGCGACAUCCACGAGGAGCGGCUGGCGGCGGCGCGGAGCGAGCUGGAGGGCACGGGACGCUUCGCGGCGUUCAACACGGACGUGACGAGCGAGGAGGCGGUGGCGAAGCUGGUGGGCGACGUGGCGGCCCGGUUCGGACGCCUGGAUAUCCUCGUCAGCAACGCGGGGAUGACGGACAAGUUCGACCCCGUGGGCGCUGUGAGCAAGGAGACCUGGGACAGGAUCAUCGGCCUUAACCUCACCGGCUCGUUCCUCGCGUUCAAGGCCGCGGUCAACGCGAUGGAGAAGCAGAGCCCGCCCGGCGGGACGAUCAUCCAGAUCGGCUCGACGGCGAGUUAUCACGGCAUGUCUUCUGGUGUGGCCUACGCGGCCAGCAAGCACGGCGUAGCGGCGCUCGUCAAGAGCACGGCGGGGUACUACGGGGCUCAGGGGAUCUUCGCGAUCGGCCUGCUGCUGGGCGGGAUGGUCGACACCAACAUCCAGGACGGGUUCGCGGCGCUGGGCGGGUUCAACACGGAGGCGUUCGCGCAGAGCGCCGCGGCCGGGUUCAAGCCCGAGAUGGCCGUCAAGACCGCCGACGUCGCCAAGUACUGCGUCUUCCUCGCCGACCGCGGCAUCGCCGAGUCCUCCAACGGCUCCCUGAUCCGCUUUAAUAAGAACCUUCCCGUCGCGUAGGCGGGGCGGAAAAGGGCUGGGUUAGGGGCACCUAGGUGGCUAGAAAUGAUAUUUAUGUAAUUUCUUUUUUGAACUUUGAAUACCUAGAGCGAAAAUGCGAUGAGCCGUUUGUUUUUCUUUUUCCGAAAUGAGGUCGCUACCUAUCGAGUUGACCGCUAUAAGACAUUCAUCUAUUAAGUGGUAAGGUAAACAGGAUUUCAAUGAAAGGUACCUAAAAUUAGCUAGGUACCUAGGUACCUAUCCAUCGUUUCCGCUCGAUGGCGAAAAGAUAUCUGAUCGAUCUCGCCGAUAUAGAUUAUCAUAAGCAUGUUAUUCUUUGUAAUUCACCUAUGAAUGCCAUUGGCGUCUCCGUUAAGGGGUUCACUGUUUCGGGAUCCCAAGUAUCCAGCUUGGCCCUGGAACUCCCGACGGCCGGUACAAACAACUCGACGCUUACAUGCUAUGAUAUAAUCUAAAUUUAGAAUAUGAUGACGGACGCGGGUAAACUAGGAGAUUAUCUAAGGACCGGAAUAGGUUCGUUAAGCUUGGUAGUUAUACGUUUGUAGGUUCUAUGUUUGCGAGUAGAAGGUAGGUAUUGGUCCGAGCAGGUAAUAGGUAUUCGCUCUGGAAGGCUAAUAUAACUGGGAGAACAUAUGAGAGGGAUAUCUUAACGGAAUAAGACUUAUCCUGUAUUUUUCAUCAAAUACCUGUGUUAGUCGUUUGCAUAUAUUGUUGACUUAUUAAG